UUUAGUAGAAUAUUAAAAAAAUAUUCCAAAAUAUUUAUUUUUAGUUAUCGAUAUACAGAUAUGUUUUGGGUUUCUUUACAUGAAAUUGGACAUGUUUUGGGACUUUCACAUUCAAAAGUUGAAACAGCGGUUAUGGCUCCAUUUUACAAAGAUCCAUCAGAAUUAGUUGAUUGGAGAAAUAAUUAUAAAACACCAGAGCUUACUCAUGAUGAUAUAAAAGCAGCUAAAGCUGUUUAUGGAAAUAGAAAUAGUCCAAAACCAGUAAGAAAAGAUCCUCUUGUUGAUAUAUUUGAUAAUAGCGACGAAGGUGAUAAUGAUAGACCGAGAAAAGGAACAAAUGGCAAUUAUUAA